GCACCUGGAGUUUUUGUCGUCGCAUAGUCCACGACAGAAGACGACUUGAAGAAAAAGACAAGAGUCCACCACCUCUCCACACGGUAGCACCACCACCCCCAACCUGCCAAAAUGUGGCCCUUCGACCUCGUCGACUGGGUAAUGCUCGCCGUGCCCAUAGCCUACAUCGUCAUCCUAAUCGGCUCCCUCUCCGUCUUCUCCAACCUGUACCGCAAGCGGCAAAUGGCCAGCGCCGCCGCCCUCGAGCCCUGGUUCCCCGCGCACCUGCAACGCAACAUCUACCUCUCGCUGCUGCACCAAGAAGACCCCAAGGUACCGGACAACAUCCUGAAAGCCGCGCUGUUGCGCCGCGCGACCGAGGACAUCCACCGCAUUGUGAAGAUCAGGAACGAGAAGCAGGCGCUGCAGGUGUUGCUGCAGAGGGGCAGUGUGGGCGAGGAUUUAUGGCAGAGGUUUCAGCGCGCGGAGAAGGAGAUGGAGGAGGAAUUGAGGGAUGUUGUUCAAGAGGCCAACGCAUUCGCGCCCAACUGGGGCCAGACAAUCUUCCAAUCUGCAUCUGAGAUGGCGCAAAACACACACAUCCGCGAGCGCCUCAGCGAGAUCUUCAGCAAGACGGAUGAAGAGAAGGCGUGGUGGGACGCACGCAAGGCUACGAUUCAGUCGGACUUUAUGAAGGAGCUGGAUGAGGAGAAGGUCAAGAGCAGCGAGGACGAGGCUGUGCUGGUGCAGGCAGGUGGCCCGACGGGAAGCGUUGGCAAGCAGGGGAAGAAGUAGAAUGCUUCCCUUUCGGCGCGACGUGUGAAGUCUGGACGCAAGUGUGUGCGCGAUUGAGAGCGUAUAGGGGUAGUCAGAAGGGCGUUGAUAUUGCAUUUGCCGGCGCUCAGGUGUUGGCCGAUCAGACAGGCAGGUGGUAUGGGGCGAUUCAGUCGCAUGUUUAAGAUUCAGAAUUUACUCGUAUAUCAAUUGAAAUGC